AUGGCUUCGAACGAGAGUCCUGCUUCGGCAGCCGGAAUUGCUGAUGGCCUUGCGCCGUCACACACCUACGUGCCCAACGAAGGCUAUGUGAACCCCGAGAAUGCAGACUCCGCUGAGGCGGGGCAAGAUCUGCCCGAAAAUUACGAAGAAGACGAGGAGGACGAGGACUACGAGGAUAUCUUCGAAGAGGAAUUGGAUCGCGAGGACAUUCUUUCCUCCGAUAACACCGAUCUUACCAAGGCGUACAACCGCCAGCGCAGAAUCAAUGAUCUCGCCGCCGACUCCAAUGUGCCGAAAUGGACGUAUCCCAAAACAAACACACAAAAGCCCACCGUCAACACUUCGGCGUCUAUCGAUGACCAGGUCAAGUCUCUUACCCGCCAUGCGGGGAAGAUCAAGCUGGAUGAUCAACAAGCUGGUAUUUCGGGUCGUGCUGAGAAGGGCGGAGAUAAGGCCGAUCGAGCCACCUCAGAGCAAGUCUUGGACCCGCGCACACGCAUGCUGUUGCUGCAGAUGAUCAACAGAGGCAUUGUCUCUGAGAUCCACGGUUGUUUGUCUACAGGAAAGGAGGCCAACGUCUACCAUGCCAUGUCCAUUUCGCAAGACGAUGACGAGGCACCCCCACUACACCGCGCCAUCAAGGUUUACAAGACCAGUAUCCUGGUUUUCAAGGACCGUGACAAGUAUGUCACUGGUGAAUUCCGUUUCCGCCAAGGAUACAACAAGAGCAACAACCGUGCCAUGGUCAAGCUGUGGGCCGAAAAAGAGAUGCGCAACCUUCGCAGAAUUUAUGCCGCUGGCAUUCCCGCCCCCGAACCUCUUUACCUUCGUCUGCAUGUCCUCGUUAUGGGCUUCAUCGGUAGUUCCAAGGGAUUGGGUGCUCCCCGCCUCAAGGACGUUGAAUUCAGCAUCCCCGAACCCGAGAACCGCUGGCGCGAGUUGUACAUGGAGUUGCUGGGCUAUAUGCGCGUUAUGUACCAGACUUGCCACUUGGUCCACGCUGAUCUGAGUGAGUACAACAUUUUGUACCACAAGGAACGCCUGUACAUCAUCGAUGUCAGUCAAAGUGUUGAGCACGAUCACCCCCGUAGUUUGGAGUUCCUGCGCAUGGAUAUCAAGAACGUCAGCGACUUCUUCCGUCGGAAGAACGUUAUGACUCUUCCUGAGCGCACGGUUUUCAAUUUCAUUAUCUCCCCCGAAGGCCCCGCCGAAAUCGUUGCCGGGAACGAAGAGAUGAUGAGCGCUAUCGACAAGCUUCUUGUCGCACGUGAGGAGGGCACAGAUGAGCAGCAAGAUGCCGAAGAUGCCGACACCGCCGUCUUCCGCCAGCAAUAUAUUCCCCAGACAUUGGAGCAGGUGUACGAUGUUGAGCGUGAUACCGAGCGUAUCCGUGAUGGCAAGGGUGGUGACCUUAUCUACGGAGACCUGUUGGCUGGCGGCAAGAAGAAGGAGUCUGCAAAUGCUGAAGAAGACGCUGAAUCUGACGCAAGUGGCGGUGUCUCUGUUUCAGGAUCCGGCUCUGAUGACGAGGAUGAUAGCGAUCCCUUCGCCAAGAAGGCACCCCGAGGCAAGCGUUUCGAAGACAAAGACUCUAAGCGCGAUCACAAGGCGAAGGUGAAGGAAGAGAAACGUGAACAGCGGGCGAACAAGAUGCCCAAGCACCUGAAGAAGAAGCUUGUCUCUUCCUCUUCACGGAAGAAGCACUAA